CUUUUUACUCCGGUGUUGUCAGACAAUGUUCAGCGAUGUCCCCUCCAUACGCCCUCCUGUGGUGUUAUUAAGCAGACUGUGAGUGGAAAAACAAGCUUCGUCUGGUACUAAAACACGACUUUAUUUUGGGUUUCAACAGUAGACGACUUGUACGGCAGUUGAGUCACUGCGGACUGUGAACGUCGUUUGCUGGUUCCAUAGACGCUGUACUGUAUGUAUACACUGCUGCAUAGAAUUGACAAUUUUUAUAUAGAUUCGUUGAUCUAUAUCGUCUUGUAUAUUACUCGGAUUGUUGGACAAACUGUGUAGAGUGGCGACUUGACAUACAUUGAGCAAAUGAUUCAUUUAUAAUAUUGACCGACUGGCUGCUUCUCAGAUCGUGUAUGAACACGGUGCAUUAGUACUGUCACACGAACCCCAGUACCACGAACACGAACGAGUAAAUAACUAGGUGUUUGUUCUGGGGUGUUUUGUGUGUGUGUUACCUGCGAAUUAAGGACCAGGCCGGGGUUUAGUAGCCCUUGCUACUACUGCUGCUUCAGAGGGAUAGCAUACCGAGUUGAACUCAGACACCGAGAAGGUUUACAAUUCACCGUCGUCAUCAUGAUUGAGAAGGCCGUCUUAUUUGCCUGUUUUGUCGGCAUGACUUGCGGCUUUGCUAUGGAUCUGUCCGGGAGGAUUACCAAACCCACAUGUGUGGAUAUACCCAGCGAUUUAGCUCUCUGUCAAAACAUCGGCUAUAACCAGAUGAGAAUGCCCAACCUGUUGGAUCACGACUCCAUCUUUGAAGUCAAAGACCAAUCUCAAGGUUGGAUCCCACUACUGAUUGUAAACUGUGACAAUGAUACGCAACUCUUUCUUUGCUCGUUGUUUUCCCCGGUUUGUCUGGAUCGACCCAUUUACCCCUGCCGGUCACUCUGCAGAAAAGUCCGGCAGAACUGUGAGCCGAUCAUGCUGAAGAAUUGUUUCCCGUGGCCAUCUAUGCUAGAAUGUGAUCUGUUUCCUGAAGACAACGGUCUUUGUAUCCAAUCUGAGAUGAGACAGAAGAAUACCACCGACCAGCCCACCAUGUCAAGUAGCUUGCCAACAGAUGCUAAUGCUCUAGCUCCCACCGGCUACCCUAUGGUCUCCAAGGACCGUCCGAUGAAAGAUAUGGUUGCAGCAGUGGGAUCUCUCUUUACUCAGUGCCAUGAGGAUGCUACAUCAUCAUCUAUUGUGGAGUAUUUCUGCAAUGCUGAUUUUGUACUCAAGAUGAAGCUGAUUGACGUCAAGGAGUCAGCAGAAGGCAAGAAGUACAUCGGAGAUCCAGAUAAAUACAACGUCAUCAAACAAGGCAGUAUGAAACAGAAGGACUUAAACAAGAUGACAUUCUGGACACGAGAGGGCGCUAACUGCGGCUGUGGUAUGCUCCAACCAGGCAAAGAUAACUUCUUAGUGAUGGGGCACCGAGAUGGAAAGAAACUCUUCAUGACCUACGUUCACAUCUGGACCAAGACCAAGCAGUUCAGAAACGCGACCCGAUAUUUUGAUCACCCUUGCCCGUCUGACAACACCGAAGACCCUGAGGAUUCAUCCGAAGUGGCUGCUACUUCAAAACCAAAGAAGGGAAAAAAGGAUCGAACAGGCAAGAAGGAUCGCCCAGGACGUGACGGGAAGAGAGAAGAGACGGGGACUCAAGCUAGCGGUGUCCGGGGGACUGAUGAAGCAGUGACUGAACCGACCAAGAGGAAACCCACACGAGAGGAAAGACGACUUGAAAGAGAACGGGAAAGGGAGAGAAAGAAGGAAGGAAGGCGGGAUAAGGGAAGGGAAUAAAACACAAGAUAAUAAUGGUCUAUUCGUCAUCAAUUAGGCUGUUGGUAAUUGCAAACACCUGCUAAACACAAUAGUGUAGCGAUAUAGGCUAGGUAUUAUCUCUACGUGUAAACUGGGGAUAUCCAGUAGGGUUUUACUCAAUGGUGCUCCGUGUAGCACUCUAUGGUCAUAAUAAGACUUAUUCCUGGUUUAGACUUCAAGUAUCGAAGCGUGUUUAUGUAUGGGCAGGCUAGUAUGGGCAGGCUUAUUUCGACUACUCAUAAGGUCACACUUUACUGAUGCUGUUUCUGCUCUAGUUAAUUCGAAAAAGACUUAAUUUUUUCAAUUUGGCAGAGAUCAUCCAUUAUAUCUCUUAUGAAAAGUUAAUUCCGUGGAAUUAAAGCGUAAUCGGUUCGGCGUUUGAGAAACUUUUAUUUAAUCAAUUUGAGUGCAACUAUUUAUACAUAUAAACCCAAACCAUAUUGAAGUCGUUUGUGCACAUCGUCUUGUAGACCCCAUACCGUGGUGUAAUGUAAAACAUGCAAAAACCAAUGACAAAGUUUAACGACUAUAUUGUUGUUUGGGAAAGUGUCUUUAAUGAACUGGUUCAUUUGAAUAGCGCCCUCUAUAGAGAGUGUGUAGAGAUUAAUUGGAUGAAGAGUCAGUUUUGAUAAGAACCGGGGUUCAUAAAAAUAUACUUUGAGUUUCUACUCGUCUUCUAUGGAUCUUGAUUCUCUCUCAAUCAAAUAAAUGUAACCCUGAAACCGAGGCGGGAAGGGCAAAUAGCCUGGUUCCUAUUUUGUACAAUGAACAUUAGCAUCCAUCACUGCUGUUGAAUACAGGGAACCUUACUCUGUUGGCAUAAUGAUAGAGGUAGACCUCGAGAUUUGUAAAUCUCUUAGUUGUGAACUGUUAACCUACUCAGUUAAACAAAGGGCAUCGUGAAGUCUUUGAACAGAGUUAACAGCCAAUAAAAAUAGAUACCAAGUUUUUAGAUGCAAACAAAUUUGAUUUGUCUUAACCUGAUAUA